AGCAGUUUCGAUUUGAAUUGAAUAGUUGUUUGAAUAUAACGGUGCCAUUAGCUUUUGAGAGUUUUGAACGCGUAAUUUUACAUUACAAAUUAUUAACUAGUAGCUUCAGUCUUCAAGACAAAAUGGCUAAAAGACUCGCUCAUUUUCACAUCACUGAUUUUCGAGGUGAAAUGCCAGUGACACCAAAUGGAAAACCAUUUCAAAUUAAAGAUGAACCUCUCACUCCAACUGACGAGGGGUUUGGAGAACUCAACAAUUAUUUCUCUGACGAGAAUGAUAACAACCACAUGAGAAAAUCUUUAUCUAUGAGUGACAUAGCUACGAUUAAGCAAGAACUCGUAGACUUAAAGUUUAGUGAUAACAAAGAAGAUAUUUACAGUCGACAUAGAAAACAAUCUUGUGUGCCCGAGCUAUCGAGAACCAAGUUUGUCUCCAUGGCUGAAGCCAUAUACCGUUAUCAGAGGGAUACGCCUGACCGGUUUCAUACAAGUAAGCCAAGAACGUUUGUUGGACAUGGACCAACUGUUCGUCAAAGUGUCACUCGACCUCAGUCACCCAUGCUUAGAUGCAAAGCUCGCGCUCGUCCACAACAUGUUUUAUCUCAAAAAGAGAAAGAAGAAUUAGAAAUUGAGGAAAUUAGGAAGUUUCAAAUCAAAGCAAACCCAAUUCCAAAGUCUGUUAUCGAGGGGUCUAGAAAUUUACCGGAGGUACAAAGAAAACCAAGUACAGUGCCAGAGCCAUUUAAAUUAACUGAAGUUCAGAAGAAGAUAUUGUCAUCAGCAGAACACGUGGUUAAUUUCAAGGCACGACCAGCACCUAAACACAUCCUUGAGAAUCCACAGAACAAUCUCCCACCAAAGCCCCCAACUCAAGUGACUAAAGCAAUAAGCCCUAAAUUCCAUUAUAAAAGAGCUAACUCUGCUGAUAUUCUCAAGAAUGACUUGAAAAAGAAUGAGAAACAUUCCAAUAAGUCAGAAAAAAGUGUCAAGACUGUCCAACAUCAUGGCCCUAUGAAACCAGAACCAUUUUCGUUUGAAAAAAGAGAUGAGGAACUAAAACGUAAGCGAGAGGAAAGAAUAAAACGUCAAGUGGAAGAAGAACGCAAGCUUGCCUCUCAGUUCAAGGCCCAGCCUUUGCCCGCAGGAGUUAAAGCUAGGAUGCAGUCUGCAAUUGCCAAUUGUGCACAUACCUCAACUGCUUCAUCGGAGAACAAAGAAAAUUGUGUUAAAUUUGAGGCAAAACCCCCUAUGGUUCUUUAUAAGAAACCUUUCAAACCAGUCCUGCAGUCAACCCAAAUAGUAAAGGCCAAACCCUUUGACUUAGCAACAUUGAAAAGAGCAGCAGAGAGAGAGCAGUUUGACAAACUGAUAAAAGAGAAAGAAGAAGAGAAUGGUAAAAUUGUCCAGCAAAAGGAAAAAGAGCAGCAGGAAGCUGAAGAAAAAGCCUUAGUUGAGUCAAGGGCUAAACUAGUUCACCAUGCUAAACCAAUACCACCAUUGAUACCGAACCUCCCUGAAAAGCCGCAUAUACCUCUCACAGUUCCUGAAACACCUAAAUUUAUUAGGAGACUGAAAAAAUAUUAGUUUAAUAGUUGACAUUUAAUGAGUUUUAGACAAUCAUUGGUUUAUUAUAUAAAAAUUAUAUGGUAAUUUUAUGACUUCAUUUAUCUUAUUGUAGUUGCAAUUUCUAUUUUGUAAUACACGCAUGGUAAUAUU